AUGGUCGUGUAUGGGGUUGGUGGAUACGUUACUCCAACAACGUACUUUCAUUCAGUUAAGAAAACAUCAAAAGAUGAGGCGAACAUUCUAGUUGAGAAUGAAGAGCUCCGUAGGCGAGUUAGUGAAUUAGAGGCACAAAUUCGCUCAAACUUAUCUACACCGUUGUUUGCACACGGGAGUUGUUCAAGGCCAAUAGUGUUAGAGGGGAUUGAAGAGAAGGGUAAGAGAAUAGAAGUGGAAUCGUUGGACAAACCAAAACAUAAGGAAAAGAAAGGGAAGGAGGUGAUGAAGAUGAAUGAACCAGAGUUGGACGUCUUGAAGGAGAGGGACUUAAUAAAAAUGCCUACAGAAGUUGUAUGUGAAUCGACAUCAACUUUGCCAUUAGCGUUGAAGUCGAUUCUCAGAUAUGCUGAGAAGGUAAUGGAGAAAGAUUCCAGCAUCACUUUUUCACUACCUGCUGACCUUUUUGGCGUUAGUCGAAAGACUUCUGUGCUUCGAGAGGAUAUCGUUGAUCUUUGUAACAUGAACGAAGUGAAAACGUUUACAUUGGUGGCCUAUAUGAUGUACUUGUAUUCGUCUGUUAGUGGUUCGAAAGAAAAUAUGCAGUAUGUCUUUGUAGAUCCGUCCCUAAUCUCUUCUGGAAACACACAAGAAUCUCGAAUUCGAAACUUGUGUAGUAGAUUGAUGGUGUCCAAACCCGACCAAGUAGUUCUUGCUCCUUUUAAUCCCGGGGGUCAUUGGGCACUGCUUGCUAUAAAUGCGUAUGAGGAUACAGUGUUUUACCUUGACUCGCUAAGGACGACAUCAAAAGCAACUACAAGAUAUGUAACCGACACAGCAAUAGCAAUAUUUCACUCGCAAAAGAACAUUAAUAAAAGCAGGAAACAAACUUUAUGGCGAACAGUAAAGUGUCCACUACAAGUCGGGAGCACUACGUGUGGAUACUAUGUCAUGAAGUAUAUGAGAGAAAUUGUAAAUAGGGGAAGCAUUGUCAUCUCGGAUUCGAUUGAUACACGAAAAUCAUACUCACAAGCCGAGUUAGAUGAGGUGCGGGUUGAGUUGGUAGAGUUUUUGGGUUCGUACAUGUGAUCUAGGACUUAUGACGUCAUCUCUGCAAAAGGAAAUUAACUUUAUUUUUUGUGGCUGAUUUUUUGAAAUGUUCAUAUGGAGGGUAGAGGUUAAUUGAUAUACUUUUGAGACUUUGUAGAGGAUUAGAGUUUAGGUGAAUUGUUGAUAGGUGAACUGUUCAUAUAUGUAGGGGGUUGCCAUUAUGAAAGUUUAUGGAUUGGGGAUGAUAUACUUUUGGGCUAGGUUAGUUAAAUAGAUGAUGUUUAGUUCAAUUCUUGGAAAUC